GUCGAGUGCAUUGCGUAUCUGCAUUCAAUCACUCCAAUGGAAACCCCAUUCUCUUUUGUCGAUCUUCUUCCCAUAUUCACUUUAAUUUCGUAUUAAAUGUUGGAAAAUAUAAGGUCAAAAACAAAAUUAAAUCAAAUCCUCCAUAUUCAAUGAAUGCAAAUUCAACCUAAAUAAAAAAGGCAUUCUCACUGAACCACUUCACAACACCAUGGAUUCCCAAUAUCCUCUAUUCUCCACCAUUGUUACUCUCUACACUAUCAUUUUCAUAUAUUUUCCAACUAUUGCUGCUUCUCCACUCAUCAUUUCAACCUCUGUUCUGUUACUUUCUCUGCUCAGACUCGGUGCAGCUCAGAGAAUUUCACAGAAGAAGAACAAAAAACCCGAAUCCGAGAUCUUAUCUUUACAAAUUUCGGCUGACUUUGGUGAUAGCACCAAGUAUGAGAAUGAUUCGGUGCUUGACCCGGAUCCGGACCUGGACCCGAUUGAUUCCAAUGUGGACUCCUCCAAUUGUGAAAAGGAUUCGGUGUUUGAACCGGAUUCGGAACAGAGAAUGUUUCAUGCCGACGAAUCCAGGGUGGACUCAAGUUGUGAAAAGGAUUCGGUUCUAGAACCGGAAUCGAGACUGUUUCAUGGGGAUUGCUUUGUGGAGUGGAAUGUGAGGGCGCCAUUGGAGGUGAUAUACGAAGCGUAUGAAGGAGAAGAAGACGGGGAAUAUACAGAGGAGAAGAGAGACGAAGAGUUGAGGGUUAUUGAGAAGUAUGCUUCAUUGUCGAUGUACUAUCCGGAAACGGAUACGGACAGUUCGUCGGACGGGGAUUCACCGGUCAUCGGAAACUGGGAUUCGCCGGAGAAUGUGUGUUUUCAGUGGGAUGACGAAGAUAGAGAAGAGUUGAUAGAGAUUGAAUUGGAUUGCAAAAGAAAUAGCGAAGUGGAGGAAGAGAAUUUGAUCGAGAUUGAUCUAAGCCCGGCGAAUUUCCCGGUGAGAUAACUCGCCGGCGGGAAUAUAGUGUUGGGUUUUAGUUAACUAUAAUUAACUAAUUUUAACGAUAGAAAAAAAAAAAGGCUUUUUUUGGGGUUUUCCAUUUUCCACUUUUUUUUACUUCUUUUCUGAUUUUAGAAAAAAGCCUAAAAAGAGGUUUAGUGUGUUGUUUUGCGUAAUUAAAGUGUGUAUUAAGCCCUUAACCCAAUGAUUUAUUGAUGUGUUAAAUGACCAAAAAGACCUUGCGAGUUUUAUUUUUUCUACAAAUCAAAUCUCUAAUUAAACCCUUUAUUCAUUUGGAGAAGAUUCGUAUAAAGUUUUGUCAUCUUUUCCCUCUCAUACAGUUGGACUUUGCCGAAAGAAAUGGCAUGUGAAUUUUCAAAAGUUGCAACUUUAAGAAAGUUCAUGAGAUUUUUGAAUGAAAGGGAUUUGACUAGAAAAAGGUUACUUUAAUUCAUUUCUUCGUUUUUGCUUUUCCAUUUUUAUGGUUAGGAAUUGAGUUGAGUAAAGUAGUUUUCUAAAGGGUAUAUAUAUGAAUUACUCUCUUCGUUCAUUUUUAUUUGUCUACUAUAUUAAAAAU